AUGGAAAAGUCCUCAGACCUCAAUCUCGCUCUGCGAGAGAUGCAUUUAGAACUGGAGCCUGUCACUGGGCGCGUUCGCUGGAAUGCCGCCAAUCCAAAGCACCCCAGGAACUGGUCAAUCGCGAGAAAAGUAUGGGACAUCGGAUUAAUUGUCCUUCUAGAGCUCUAUACAUCUGCAAUUAGCACAUCUGGUUCUACCGCAGCAAGAUACUCUCAAGAGAAACUUGGCAUAAGUCUGACCCUUUCUCAAUUCCUCUUUGUCUCCACAUAUCUCCUGGGUCAGGGUAUGGGAGGUAUUGUGUUUCCACCCUACGCGGAGGCCUUCGGCCGCAAGAAGCUGUAUAUCAUCAGCACUGUUCUGUACAGCGGGUUCUGUGCACUAAUUGGUGCUGUUGACUCUCCAGUCGCUUCGGUCAUUGGACGACUUGUCUCUGGAUUCCUAUCUGCUGUUCCAACCUGCUCCAUUACGGGAAGCAUUGAGGACAUGUUCAACUCCAAAGAUCGUAUUUGGAUGAUGUUGUGCUAUAUCGGUUCUGCCAAUAUGGGAGUCGCGAUAGGCCCCGUCAUGAGCGCGUACAUCACAUUCGCGUUCCGCUGGCAAUGGAUCUUUUACAUUGCUGCAAUGAUCACUGGCGGUAUCUCCCUAUUGUUGCUAUCAAUCAGAGAGUCCCGGCCAUCUUUAAUUCUCGAGGGAGAAGUCAAGAAAUUGCGAAAGAGAACAGGAAUCGAAACCCUGGAAUGCGUGAACCACGACAGUGUUCCAGACGCGAAGACUUUCGUCAAGGUUAAUCUUGGACGGCCCCUCAGACUUCUUUUCACAGAGCCCAUCGUUUUCUGCGUAUCAUUCAUGGGUGGAACCGCUAUGGCUAUCAUCUACCUGUUGACAGAAGCUUUGCCAAAGAUCUACGAGGCCAAGGGCUUCGACCACGAACAGUCAAGUCUUCCAUUCCUUGCUCUCGGCAUUGGAUUCAUUUUCAACAUCCCCGGUCGGCUCGCAGAUCGCAAAGCAGCCAACGAGCUUAGCAAGCUUGACUGUGUCGUUGCCCCGGAAUACAAACUGUCCGGGCUGAAAUUCGCAGCCCCUGUUCUUGCUGGUGCUCUGUGGUGGUUUGCCUGGACCAUUCCCCCCACUAUUCAAGGGGUUCAUUGGAUCGUCUCCGUCAUCGCCCUUGUGGCAAUUGGCUAUGGACGAAAUGAGCUGUCAAUUGUGUUGACAGGAUAUCUCGCGGACAGCUAUUCCGCAUACACCGGUAGCGCUUUCGCAGCCUGGGGACUUUUACGAGCAAUUCUGUCAGCUAUGUUCCCCUUGUUCGCACCCCAGAUGUUUGAAAAGCUGGGUUCCAAUGUGGCUAUUUCAGUCCUCGCUGGUGCGAUGACUGUUUUCAUGAUCAUUCCCCUGUCUUUCCGCCGGUACGGAAAGACUAUUCGUGAGCGGAGCAAGUUCGCCCAAUACAGCAUGCAACGGUACAAGGAGACGACCGUUGAGAGCGAUGGUUCAUAA